GUACAUGUACACGUCAAGAUGUCUCCUCUACUCUCUGUUAUUCUUGGAUGAGUAUACACUCGAUAUCAAUGAACAAGGUCAUAAAGAAAUGUUCAACGCAGUCAGAGAGAGGUAUUUUAAUGAUCUGGAAUCAGGUAACGAAAUUAAGGUGCCAGCUGAGCUACAGGGAAUCGUCAACAAACAGGAAACUUGUUAUAUGUUUAAAUCAGAAGAAGUCAGGCAAAACGUUAUGUACGCUUUUGUGACGGAAUGUUUAGUUGAGGACAGCGAUCUGGAGUUUUUCCUGAGAAUGGCAUCCAAACACGUGGUAUCAGAGUACUGUAGGUCCUGGAAUUAUGAAAAGAGUGAUAAUGAGAAAUGUUUGUAUAUACCAGACAAACCAAAGGAGAUGUACGAUCUCUUCAUAGAUAAUUUACAGGUGGAUAUCUUAGUACAUUGUUUCAUGUCAGAGAAAGAGUGCCAUAGUAAUAUCAGGAAACGCCUGAAUAUACCCGAGGAAAUUUUUUCUUGGGAUAUCGAUGCAAGAAAACGAUUUGUUGAAAUAUCCCGGGGGAAGAGAGUUGAAAUGUUUCACGCUAGAGGAAUGAUCGUUGGAUGUGCUGGUGCUGGAAAAACAACUCUCCUUGAAAAUCUAAAAAGGGUAAAGAGGGAAAAUGAACCCGAAAAAACUGAGACAACUGUUGGCCUGGAUGUCCACGAGGAUUUGUUCGAAAUCAUAGACGACAAGUUAGAGGAUUUCAGUACCAAUGAAGAUGAGCUGCCCGUCAGAGGAAUUCAUUAUGAGAGUAGUCAUGGGAAAAAGUUGAUAAGCAUGACUGACUUUGCAGGACAAGUAGCUUAUUAUUCCUGCCACCAAGUUUACUUGUCAAGAAGAGCGUUUUAUCUUAUAGUUAUCGAUAUGUCUAAAGACCUUAAAGAAAAAGUUUGCAAGCACAAUGUUGACCGUCAUAAUCCAAAAGGAUCUCUAUUCCGUGCAUGGAGAUACAAAGAUUAUUUUCACUUUUGGCUCCAGUCUAUCAAGACUUACUGCGAUGAAGGCAACACACAUCCAACAGAUCUUGGUACUGCAAGCCAAGGAGUUUUCCAUCCUGUAAUUCUUGUUGCCUCCCAUAAAGAUAAGCAGAGCUGGUGGAAGAAAAGGGGAUCAUUCUUUGGCCAAUUGAACAAAUGCUUGUCUGAAAGUCAAACUUUAAAAGAACUAAUUUCUCCCAGAAGAUAUUUUGAAGUCGAAUGUCCAGGAAAGACAUUGACAAAUGAUCAGGAAGAAAAAAUUGAAGAAGUGAGGAAUUGUAUAGUUGAAACUGUAAAACAACUACCUCAUUGGGGAGAAAAAAUUCCACUAAAAUGGGCAAAUCUUGAAGAAUUUCUUCGGAUGAGGAAGGAAGAGGGAGUCAAAGUUAUUAAAAGACAGGACCUUAAAGCCAAUGGCGAAAUUGAUUUAUCUGAUGACGAUGACCUUAAUGAUGCACUCAGAUUCUUUCAUGAAAUAGGACAACUUAUCUAUUUUUCUGAGAAAGAAAUGAAGAAUGUAAUUGUUAUCAACGUUCAGUGGUUUGUUGAUGGCUUUAAAUACAUCAUAACAGACGAGACUCAUCUGGCAAGAAAGGACUGUAACAGUACACUUAUUAAGGCGGGAAAAAUAACUGGAAAAGAAAUAGAAGAAGUGUGGAGAAAAGUCGAUUCAGAAAAAUCCUAUAUUCAUCAUAAACAAGAUAUUUUGCCAUAUCUGGAUAAACUCGGCUUAAUGACAAAAAUUCAAAGCAAAGACAAUGAAGCUUAUGAUGAGCUGUAUUAUAUCCCAAGCAUGAACAGAAUAGAUCUUGCAAAAGAAUAUAAGGAAGCAAUUAAUGGAGGACAAAAAACGUCCAUCAUACUGUUCCAUUUCAAAUCUUAUUUGCCUCAUUUUUUCUUUUUUCGAUUAGUUGUCAAAUGCUUACAUAAAUGGAAAGCCCUCAAUAUGGAGAUGUUUUGUAAAAAUGCAGCAUUUUAUAAGAUGGAUGAUGCAGGCCAUUACAUUGUAAUUGCCGUUAACAAAACAUCUAUCCAACUGCAGGUGUUUACGCCUGAGAAGGGAAUGGAUUUGCAAACCGAGAGUGCCAUAGAAAUAAGAGAAACAGUGAAGAGUAUGAUCCAUGAAAUAACACAAACUUUCCACAGGCAAACUAAGUAUGAGAUAGGGUAUACCUGUAAAGAUAUAAACAUUACAGAAGAAGACGAAGAGUUCUUUUUGACAGAAGAAGAGGUUAAAGCGCUAAAAACAGAAACAGGAAAAAGACGUUGUCCGAAACAUAUAAUGGGAAAACAGAUCCACGACAUCGAUAAAAAUGAAAUACUGCGUUUUUGGUGGAAGGAAGAUACUGCUUCUUCUCCAAGAGACAAUCAUCAAAUUAUUAAUGAAUCUGAAUAGGAAGCAGACCCUUAAAUUAUUCAAUGAAUAGAAUACGAUGCUUAAUAAUUACUUACGUAUAUUGUAUUCUUAUGAGAAUUCCUACUAUAUUUAUUUGGCAAGUGAUAUCAUUCAAAUAUUCAUUGUACAGUGUAAAAUUAUUGUCCGAUCAAUGUUAUUUUAUAAGUAUUUAUAAUGUUUUAUGCUUUAUCUUACUAAUUUGCUCAUGAAUGUAAAUACUGUAGCACAUCAUGGCAAGAGUGUUCUUUUAUUGCUAAAAAUUUGUCUUGUUUAUGAAAAUAUAUAUAUAUUCACUACGCAAUCUUUCAAUUACAAAAUAACGAUAAAGCGGAUGAAAUUCUUAAAAAUAUGAUGACUAAUUUGUAAAGGUAUGACCUUUUUUAUUCUCGUGUUAUAUAUGUACAUAUAUGUGCUUUAAAUUUGCGAAAAUUGUAUAUGCGAUUUCAAAAAAAUGUACUGACUAUGUUCUAAAAAACAGACCUUUUGCAAAAGAGAAGCGAUGUGUGAAGGAUUUGGAUUCAUUUCAUGUGUCUUCUGCAACCUAAAAAAUAGAUUGUUCAGAUAGGAAAUGGGAACCCAUUUUAAAGUAAACAGAAACUCACGCAUUACGUCACUUACAACUCGUAAAACCGUAAUCACGCUUUUUUACGAGAUGUAAUUCUUGAACUUUAUUGGUUUUACUUUUACUUGGCGUUAUAAAUAUCCGGAAAUGUUUUUGCUCCGAAUUGGUCAUGUCAACAAACUAACAAAAAUUGAUUUUACAGUUUUAGAUUAGUUCAUAGAGUUCAGAGAAUUC